AAAUAUAAAUUCAGGAAUGCAAUAUUUGUAAAUGCUCGCAGUCUUCUUCAAGGUGCGAAGGUAUCAGAAAGUAGAUCUGAAAAGUAUGAUAAAAAGGAUGAGCUUUUGAAAUAUACAGGACUAAAUGAGAUACAAACUUGUGAAGCAGUGCAUAGUAAAGACUCUUUUUCUAUAGCGUUCAGAACUGCAGUUGGUGGAUACAAAAUAACUUACAGUGGGGAUACAAGACCUAACAACCAACUAGUGGAUAUUGGAAGAAAUUCAGAUUUACUCAUUCAUGAAGCAACCUACUCUAAUUCUGGCAGAGACGAAGCAAAGCUCAGGAUGCACAGUAUUACUGCUGAGGCUGUCCAAGUAGGACGGAUGAUGAACGCCAAGUUUACUGUACUCACACAUUUUCAAAGGAUGUUUAAUCGUAUCCCGCUGAUGGAGGAUUUUCAAGAUGAGGCUAAUGUUGGAAUAGCUUUUGAUGGUAUGGUUGUAAAUCUUAAAUCUAUGUACAGUAUUCCAGACAUGUACCCGGAUCUUAAUAGGAUUUUUGAAGACGACAUCAAGGACAUCAAAGCUAUCCUGUUGAAAGCCAAACCCGUAAAGAUUGUUGCACUGAAUGAUGAUGACCGACUGUAAUUCAUAUUGAUUCUAAGAGGGAAGACGACCCAUCAAGAGCACAGUGAAAACAAGUGUGUUCAAGAGAAAGCGGAAGAAUAUUGUGAAAUAAUCAUUUUAAAAGUCUUAAAACAAAAUCCUGUUAUUGUCGAAUAUGUAACGUGUAGUUUUACUUGUUACUUGUCAAAGGACUGUGAUUUAAAUUGAAAGCUGUGAAAUUAAAUAUUUUCAUUUUCA